AUGGCAAUACCUUUGUCAAUGCUUGUCAAUUCAGAGGACCCAUCACCAUCAGGCAGAGUGGAAGGAAAGUCACAGUGGGACAAGGACAUACCGAUGCCGGAAUCAAUGGACCCAAUCACUAUUGCCAAUGUUCACAUAGAGGAAGGCCUGAACAGUCUCCAGUCAGUCUUCAGCAAGAGAAACAGAAUGAGCAUAGCCAAGCUGGUAGACAAUCCAUCAGAGAUCAUUCAUGCUGCAGAUGUCUCCGAUGAUGAUAUUUUCAACGCCAUGUCCAAGGCAUGGGAGAACAGGGAAAAGGACAACAUUGCAGAAGGAACCCAUGAUGCCAACAACUCCGAUGAUGACAUGCCUGCUGUCUCAUGUAAGGAUGCCAUUCAGGCAGCACUCCUGCUGAAGACUUACACCAAACAAGUGAAUUCUUCCUUUGCAUGGAAGAUGGAGUCCAUGUUGGCUCAGUUUGGACAUGAGACCCACUAUGAAGCCCAAUCAUUGCUCCACAGCAGCACACUUGGUUCUUACUUCAAAAAGAUUGAAUAG